CCCUGGGAGGCCCAUGUGUAGCGGACAAACAGGAGUUUGGAUGGUUGGGGGCUGGCUCAAGGGCUGACUGACCCCCCAAGCCCUCGCCCCCACCAAGCGACUCUGACCCUUUAAGGGCCGUUUUUGAGGACGCGGGGCCUGAAGCUGACUGAGGGAGGUCUCCGCUGCCUCCCGCUAGCCAAAUUGUGCCUCAUGGAGUCUACGUUCAGCAGCCCUGCGGAGGCGGCGCUGCAACGAGAGGCGGGCGCUGCCGGGCUGCGCACUCCUCUUGGAGACCUGGACCGAGUGUAUGAGCUGGAGCGAGUCGUUGGAUUUGUCCGUGACCUGGGGUGUCAACGGGUGGCUUUGCAGUUCCCUGAUCAGCAAUUGGGAGAUGCUGGGCCCGUGGCUGCACGACUGGAGGAGGCCACGGGGUCGAAGAUGUUCAUUCUGGGAGACACAGCCUAUGGCAGCUGCUGUGUGGAUGUACUGGGUGCUGAGCAAGCUGGAGCUCAGGCCCUUGUACAUUUUGGCCCUGCCUGCUUAAGCCCUCCUGCCUGUCCACUGCCUGUUGCCUUCGUCCUCAGUCAGCGAUCUGUGGCCUUGGAGCUCUGCGCUAAGGCCUUCGAGGCCCAGAACCCAGACCCCACAGCACCUGUGGUGCUGCUGAGUGAGCCAGCCUGUGCCCACGCCCUGGAGGCCUUGGCCACCCUUCUGCGCCCACAGUACCUGGACCUGCUUGUCUCCAGCCCAGCUCUUCCCCUGCCAGUGGGCUCCCACAGUCCAGAUCCUGAGCCCUUGGAGCGUUUUGGGCGCCGCUUCCCUCUGGCUCCAGGGAGGUGUCUGGAAGAGUAUGGUGCCUUCUAUGUGGGGGACUCUGAGGCCAUCUCUGACCCUGACCUUGACCCAGACCUGAGCCGGCUACUCUUGGGCUGGGCACCAGGGCGGCCCUUCUUCUCCUGCUGCCCAGACACAGGGCAGACUCAAGAUGAAGGUGCCCGGGCUAGGCGGCUAAGAGCACGAAGACGCUAUCUGGUAGAGAGGGCCAGAGAUGCCCGUGUGGUGGGGCUGCUGGCAGGCACAUUGGGUGUGGCCCGACACCGUGAGGCACUGGCACACUUGCGGAACCUGACAGAGGCUGCUGGCAAGCGUAGCUAUGUAUUGGCCCUGGGGCGACCCACACCUGCCAAGCUUGCCAACUUCCCUGAGGUGGACAUCUUUGUGCUGUUGGCCUGUCCUCUGGGUGCCCUAGCCCCCCAGCCUUCUGGCAGCUUCUUCCGGCCUGUAUUGGCACCAUGUGAACUGGAGGCUGCCUGCAACCCUGCGUGGCCACCUCCAGGCCUGGCUCCCCACCUCACACAUUAUGCGGACUUAUUGCCUGGCUCUCCCUUCCACGUGCCCCUCCCUCCACCUGACUCAGAGCUGUGGGACACCCCAGAUGUGUCACUCAUUACUGGGGACCUCCGACCCCCGCCUGCCUGGAAGCCAUCAAAUGAUCCUGGAUGCUCAGCCCUAGCCCCGAGGCCCCAGCUGGAGCUGGCUGAGAGCAGCCCUGCAGCCUCAUUCCUUAGUUCCCGGAGCUGGCAGGGACUGCAACCCCGCCUGGGUCAGACGCCGGUGACGGGAGCUGUGAGUGGAAGACGAGGGAUUGCCAUUGCCUACGAGGAUGAGGGAAGCAGCUGAUACCACGUGGGGCCAGAGCCACAGGAGGACUUAAGACCUUCAGUGCUCCCUGCACCAACUUCACUCUUCUGCCAGGAUCCUUGAAGAAGGCUCUCAUUGAGGCAGCCCCUCACUGAGGAUAGGAUCCAGCUCUUUCCUGUCCUGGCACUGGCACAAGGCUUAGCACAUAUUGGCUUAGUAAAUAUCUGUUGUUUAACUGAUGGGGGAACAGCUCUGGGUCUUCCCUGAAGCCUUCUGGGCCAUCUGUUCUCCUGGGAGCAGACCAAGACCUCUGGCCAAUUCAAGUUCCUGCUGUGCAGUUGAGGGUCUGCCUUUGUUAAAGGCAGGUGCUGGAUGGUUUAGACCACGGUUUCUCAACCUUGGCAUUAUUGACAUUUUGGGCCAGAUAAUUAUUUGUUGUGUGGAGCUGUCCUGUGCACUGUAGGAUGUUUAGCAUCAUCUCUUGUUUCUGCCCAGUAGGUGCAUGUAGCAUGCGCCUCCCCAACUGUGAUAAUCAGGAAUGUCUCCAGAUGUUGACAAGUGUCCCCUAUGGGGGCAAAAGCAUCCCCAGUUGAGAACCACUGGUCUACAGCUAUGCUAUCCAAUAUAGUAGCCACAUGUGGCUGUUCAAACAAAUUUGAAUCAAUUAAGAUUAAAAACUCAGUUUCUCAAUCA